AUGACGGAAGUCGACCGCUUCCUCGACGACCUCGACCGACUCGCCGCGACCGCCGACCCCGGCGCGCCGGGCGACUUCUACGGAGACUUGCUGCCGACCGCCGCCGCGGCGCUCGGCGCCGACGCGGCCGACUACACGCCCCUGCCCGGCAGCGGCGUGCAGGACGUGGCGCCGGCCGCUUGGCCGACCGAUCGCGUCGCGCAAGAGGCGUUGCUCAGCGAUGAGCGUGUCGCCCGGCUCGGGGCCGAGGGCGCACCGCGGAUCGUCACCGCAGCGAGCGAGCGGUCCGACGCCGGCCCGGUGAUCGCCUGCCCCGUCCACGGGGCGACCGGCGCCCAGGGCGUGCUCGCCUUCCGACUCGGGUUUGAGGCCAUCGCCUCGGCCGAGCGGCGACUCCAACUCGCGUCGGCCGUCGGCGAAGUCGCCGAACGCUACGAACUACGCCGCGCGGCGGCGGAUCUCAAGGCGGGCGAAGAGCGGUUGCGGCGGGUCGAGGCGUUGCUCCUCCGCUUGCACUCGCGGCGGGGUCUGCCGGCGAUCGCGCGGGAAGCGGCCGAAGAGGGGCGCCGAUUGGUCGGGUGCGAUCGGCUCUCGGUGUUCCAGCGUCGCGGAAGCAGCUGGCGUGCGCUGGCAGCGAGCGGCGUGAACCGCUUGAGCCACCGCAGCGACGCGACCCGACAGAUGCGCCAGCUCGUCGCCACCGCGGCGAAGCUCGGCGAGCCGCUCGUCGUGCCCAGCGACGAGACGCUGCUGCCGCAGGUGAGCCGCGAGGUGGAUCAGUACCUCGACGCGUCGGGCGUCCGCUCGCUCUGCGUCUGGCCUUGCCCGUCGAGUCCGGAUGACGACUCCGCCUCUCACGCGGAAGAAGUCGCGCUGCUCGCGGAGUGGUUCGGCCAUCGGAACGACACAUCGGCGCUGGCGACGCUCGCAGCGAUCGGUCGGCAUGUCGGCGUCGCCGCUUCCAGGGCGCGUGUUGGCGGCUGGUCGGGCCGACUCCGCAACGCCGGGGUCCGGCUCGCACUGGCAGCCGUCGCGAUCGUCGGCGCGACGUUCGUGGCGAUGACGCCGGCGACGCUCUGGGUGCCAGUCGACGGACGCUUCGAGCCGGUCGACCACGCACGCGUGUUCGCGUCUAUGGACGGCGUGGUCGAAGAGGUCCUCGUCAAGCAAUCGGACCGCGUCACCGCCGGCCAACCCCUCGUGCGGAUGGCGUCUCCCGACCUGAAGGUGCGUCGCGAGGAGGUCGCCGAGUCGAUCGCGAUGACGCGAGCGGAGCUCGAUGGGCUCUCGACCGCCCAACUGCGAGCUGCGCUCCCGGGGCAAGACGAGCCGACCGACCGCACCGCACUGGCGAGCCGCGCCGCCGCCUUGCGCGAGCGGCUCGAGCACCAACUCGCGCAGCAAGCGUUACUCGACGAGCAGGCGGAGGAACUGCUCGUGCUCAGCCCGAUCGACGGGCUCAUCGUCAGUUGGCGGCCGCAGGACUACCUGUCCGAUCGUCCCGUGCGCCGCGGCGAGCGUCUGCUCGAGGUCGCCGGCGACCAGCGCUGGCGGCUGGAGCUCGAAGCGCCUGACCACCGCAGCGGCCACCUGCUCGAGGCCCAGAGCGAGGGGUUGCCGCUCGACGUGGAGUACGUCGUCCGGGCCGACCCGGCGACGACGCGUCUCGCCCGGGUCGUGUCGAUCGCCGAGGCCACUCGCGCCAACGCCGAGGGGGUCCCGGUUGUGCGGGUCGUAGCGUCGCCGGACGAGGACGCCGCGCUUUCUGCUCGCAGCGGUUUGGGGCGAUCGAAGCGAUUCAACGCCGCUGGUUCUAGCGCCGACGCGCUGCGCGUCGCCUGCUUCUUCGCCUUGUGCGCGAUCGGCCCCGUGGCGAGCGCUGCCGACCGCGAGCCGAUCGUCGUCCGGUCGUCGAUCCUCACCGUCGCCGAAGCGGUCGCGGUGCCGGCGCCACAGUCGGGCGUGCUGCUCGAGCUGAACGUCCGCGAGGGCGCGACCCUCUCGGCCGGCCAGUCGAUCGCCCAGAUCGACGCCCGCGAGCAACGCCUGCACGCGGAGCUGGUCCGGCAAGACCUCGCAAUCGCCCGGCGCGAGUCGGAGAGCGACGUCCGCGUCCGCCUAGCGGCGAAGGAGAACAAAGUCGCCGAGGCCGAACUGGGCCGCGCUACGCAAGUGAACGCCACCCUGCCGAACACCGUCUCGGCCAAGGAGGUCGACCGGCUGCGGCUCGCCGUCGAACGAACCGAGCUGGAGAUCGAACACGCCGCGUUCGAGCGGGAGAUGCUCGCCGCGAAGAUGAAGCGGAUCGAAGCGGACCUCCGCCUGGCGGAGCACCGCGUCGAACGACUCGCGAUCGCCGCGUCGAUCGGGGGCGUCGUCGCCGAGACGCCGCACCGCGCCGGCGAGUGGGUCAAGGAAGGCGAGACGAUCGCCCGCCUCGUGCGCGUCGACGCCCUGCGUGUCGAGGGCUACGUCCGCGUCGAAGACGCCCUGCAAGGUCUCGUCGGCCGCCCCGUCGAGGUCGAGGCGCCGCUCCCCGGCGGCGAGGUCCUGCGCGCGCGAGGCCGGGUCGUCUUCGUCAGCCCCGAGGCAGAGCCGGUCGACGCGAAGGUCCGCUUCUGGGCCGAGGUCGACAACGGCGAGCUGAAACUCCGCCCCGGGCUGACCGCACGCGUCGUGAUCGCGGGCGAGAGCGCCGAUGAGGCGGCCUCCGUCGCCGCGAGCGACCGCUGA